AGUUGUUCAAAUGCGAUGACUUCUAUUGGUGUUACAUGUGAUAUUCAUGCGUCCACUGAAGCUCAACAAUGGUGCUCUCAGUGUGACCAGGCCCUUUGUGAUGACUGCGUACAUUACCACAGUCAGGCUAAAGCUUCAAGGAAUCAUACAACAAUCUCCACGUCUGAUUUUCGAAAGCUACCAGCGUUUGUCAGAUCUCUUAAAAAGACUUGCAAUAAGCAUGGUGAAAAAACAGAUUUCUUCUGCUUAGUUCAUGAGAAUCUAUGCUGUCCUUAUUGCAUUCAAACAAUGCAUAAGCAAUGUGAUGGAGUAGAAAAUUUACAGACACUUACAAAGAAUGUUAAAAGUUCUGCUUUCGUUGAAGAUCUCGAGACUAAUGUUCAAGAUAUAAAAACUAGUAUCGAGGAAUUAUUAAAAGAUCGUACACAAAAUAUUUUAAACAUAGAUAAACAAAAAGACAGUUUGUUGAAACAAAUUGCCAAGACAAAAAGUGAUAUUAUAAACUAUUUGAACAUAUUGGAAAAGCAGUUAGUGUGCGAUUUAACUGAAGUGAUUAACAAGGAAAAGUCUCGUUUAGGCAAACUAGUGAGAGAUCUACAGGAAAGAAAAUCCAAAAUACACCAGAUAUAUGAGGAUCUUAGGACCAUUAAACAGUUUGGAGCCGAUAUAGAUGUUUUCCUUGCCAUCAAGGAAUUAAACCAAACUGUCCAAACGGAAGAAUCUUUUAUCGUUGAUAUACAAACGGAUACAAGUCUUUUCCAAACUGAAAUUUUACUUCAGAAAUCGGAAAAUAUAGAAACUUUAGAAAACAAUUUUAAGACGUUUGGAAAAAUCCUAAUCAUGUCAAAACCACCAAAGAAAAAUCUCAUGAAAAAGAAAAAAACGCAAGCGCAAAUUUUCAUUUCAAAAGUACACGACGUUAUCAUAGAAAAUGGACAGAAAACAGACAAAAUCGUUAAUGAGAUUAUAGAAGACGGGAAUGUGGAAGCCUCUGGAAGCGUCAACACACCAGAGCAAGAGAAAGAGGAAUCAGUUGAUUCUUGGCAAAAUUUUAAUCUUGAAAGCAGUGUUCCUCGUUGUGAAUCAUUAAAUGUUGAAUGUAUGCCGCGUAUUAACCUGAAAUGUGACACUUUUCUUGAAAUUCCAGAAAGAGGUAAACAGUUGAACGCGUGUAAAAUCUUACGCGAGGAUAAGUUAUUGCUUCUCAUUAACAAACAAAUAAUUGUGUACGAAACUAAUCCAAAGAAAUUUCAGCAUAUUGAUUUGACAUGCCAGCCCAUUGAUUUAACAUGCAUCGAUGGAAAUGUUGUGGCAAUUACCUUGUACUCAGAAAAUAAAAUAUGUCUUGUAGACAUUUCUGAGAGACAGGAAAUAGAAAGAAUAAAAACCGCUGGACAAUGUUUUGGAAUUGACCAUGCAGGUGGUAAGAUAUACACAAGUUUGCCACAUACGAAAUGCAUUCAAAUUCUAGACUAUAAAAAUAAUGUAAGUACAGAAUCCACAGUGGAGACAGUACAUAGUGCUUUUUACAUUGUUUUCUCCGAAGGAAAGCUUUUCUGUUCAAAUCACAUGACAAACGUUGUAUUCUGUAUGCUUACUUCUGGAAGUACAUUAUGGGAAUAUAGUAGUGACAUAUUGUUAGAACCAUUUUGUUUGUCGUUAAAUUCAAAAGGGGACUUAUUCGUUGCUUGUAGAAAGAAUAGAUCGGUUAUCGUUAUCUCAGCUGAUGGAUCCAAAAGUACAGUUUGCUUAAAGAAUGUGUCAAGGAUAAAAGCUCCGAGAGCACUCAAUUGGUGUCCAACAACUGAUAAGUUUGUCGUAUGCGAUGAGCGUUCGGGAAGAGCUAUUGUAUACACGUAUAAAUGAAAAAAAUGUUUAUUCAUAUUUCACCCCAAAAGGACGAAAUAAUUAAACGUUGGGCGACAGUGCCAUAUUCAUAAUGUUGUGUUUGUAUUCUUGGAAAUGCCGCGUACUUUUUAUUGUUUGUACAAUAUAUCAAUUAGUCAUUUUAUAUAAAUUGACUACUAAGUA